GAUAGGAUCUCUGAUAAUUCUCAUACAACAGUGAAAUGAUUCCAUACCGAUUAAAUUAAUUUUAUCAGUAACUUCAAACCGGACUAGUUAUUGUAUUCUUAUCCCCCGAAAAAUAACAAAUAUUUCAAUUGUUCUCUUCAAAUGAUUGUUUUGUAAAAUAUUACAAUAGAGUCAUAUCUAAAUAAUUCAUGUGCUAAUCUACAGUUUUUGACUAAUAGACACCAAAUUUUACAUUCAUAUUAUUUGAGAUCCCGAAUGGGUCAUAUGAGUAUUAGAAUAGAUGCCACGAAUAACAGCUAUUAUGUAUGAUAAUAUUGCUAAUUAUUUAAACUUUAAACUUUUCUAAUUAAAUGGCUUAUCGACACACCAAAGACUUGUGUUUAAAACAAAAAUAACAAAAAUUGGUUUAGUAGAACUUCAGAUAUAGCUGUCCAAAGAAAUCGCCUUGUGUUUAAAUAUAUAAAAGAUAUACAUUUGUUUUUGUUUGGAGAAUUAAUAUGAAAAUGGUACCUAUGACUGGCUUAAUUUUGAAUGAACACGAAGGGGAAGUCCAUGAUGCUGAACUGGAUUAUUAUGGUCAACGCUUAGCUACAUGCUCUAGUGAUAAAACAAUCAAAGUUUAUAGUAUAAACAAUGGUAAUAAAACUUUAUUGGCCAAUAUUAAGGGUCAUCACGGACCUGUGUGGCAAAUUUGUUGGUCCCAUCCAGUAUCUGGACAUUUAUUAGCCUCUUGUUCUUACGAUAAACGUGUUGUUGUAUGGAAAGAAUCCAAUGAUUGGUUUAAUAUAUUUGAAUUUACUCAUGAAUCUUCAGUUAAUGCUGUUGCUUGGGCACCCCAUCAACAUGGCACUAUUUUAGCAAGUGCGAGUUCAGAUGGGUCCAUUGGAGUACAUGUGUUUAACAAAGAAUGGUCUUCUAAGUCAUUUAGUGCCCACCAUAAUGGAUGUAAUACUGUAGCUUGGGCUCCAUACAAGGAAUUAUUAUUUGGAUCUGAUCAAACAGACUUUGGUAAAAAGUUAGUAUUAGCAAGUGGUGGCUGCGAUAAUUUAGUGAAAAUAUGGACUGUUGAAAAUGAUCAAUGGGUACAAGUUGGUGAAAUAAAUUGUCAUACAGAUUGGGUUCGUGAUGUGGCUUGGACAUGUACUAUUGGUGAUAAUCGACAAUUAAUUGCAAGUUGUUCUGAAGAUAAGACUGUUGUAGUGUCACAUAGUGAUGAUUAUUCCAAAUGGUCUUCUGUACGAAUGCAUUUGUUUGAAAGCCGUGUUUGGACCGUAAGCUGGUCAAAAAUUGGAAAUGUACUUGCAGUAUCUGCUGAAACUAAUAAAGUAUCACUAUGGAAAGAGAAUACAAUUGGUCGUUGGGUCAGUUGCAGUGAAAUUGAUGAUACUAAAGGAGUGGAAGAUUAAAUGUUUAUUUUACUAUUUUUACUUUUAAAUGUUUUGUAAUAAAAGUUUUGUAAAAAAAAAAUUGCUAAAUGGGAAUAAAAUAAUCUAAAAUUAGGUAUUGUUUUUUGUCAUAAAAAAAAAAAUAAACGUAACUGUAAUUAUGGAAUUUAAAUACUUUUAUCCUUUUGAUUGUCUGUGGAUUUUCAAUUAGAUACAAAUACACCUCAAA